UGUAUAUCUGUUUUGAGUUGUGCCAACAAUGAUUGUAGUGAAACAACAAAUGUGCGUUUUACAUAUUUAUUAUAAACUUUAAGAUUUGAUUACCCAACAGUCAUGAGUAAUUUAAGUAAAGUAGGAAAUAUAUUGUUUAUGUCUUAGCAAAUCUCUGUUUGGUCUAUAAUGGCAUUUUAAAUAUACUAUACCGUAAAAGGUGGGGAAAAUGGCGUCUACACACACGGGCACAACGAAAGUUCACUUCUCUUUUAAAAUAAGAAUUAAUGUAGUAUGCUAUAUUUUGUUUUCAUUAGUUACAGCAGGGUACACAAUUUUUAAUGCAGAAAAAACAUUAGUAUGUAUACACGAUUCAGAUAAAAAAGAUAUUUAAAUAAUCAUAAGUUAAACGCUCUAGAUAUUAGUAUAUUAAUAGUAGGGUAUUAGGCUUUUAUUAGUAUUAGUAUUAAUUAGUAUUAGGCUCUACACUACUACUCUACUCACUCUAAUUCUAAAAUAUACGGCACUCUACUAUUGGUCAAUAUUGGUUUAUAUUACAUUUAUAUUAUAUAUUUUGAGAUUAAUUAUAGUAUUGUGAUUGAGGGCCUAAAAAUAUUUAAAUUAAAAUAUUUAAAAUACUAUCCUAUGAAAACUGUGGGCCUACUUUUAUACAUGACUUAUUUAUCAUUAUCAUGACUUAUGAUUACUUAAAAUAGGCUUAACUUAACUUAAAACAAUACAUCACAAUCAAUUAAAAGUUAACUUUAAUUUUAUGAUAACAAGCCAAUUAUAUUAUGAUAAUAAUAUAUACAACUUUGCCUUACACUAAAAUGGUACUUUUGAAUUUUUGAUGGUGGCAAAAGGGACAUAGCAAGUAGCUGACUUUAUUUUUGCCUUUGGCCUAUAAAUUAUAAGUAUUUAGCAAAUAAAACAGGUUUAUAAUAUUAAUUAGGCCUGGUUUAAAUUAUAGGCCUAAGUUAUGAUUACAAUAUUGUGUAUUUUGCCCAGGCCUAUAGUGGAGCUAUAUUACUAGGAACCUACGGCAUAAAAUUAAAAUAAUAAAUAAGUAUAGCCUUUACUUAUUAAAGGGACUACCACUACGACCUUAUUAACAACAGCUAUUUUAAUUUAUUCUAUCACAACUAUUGUAGUUAUGAGUAAUUUUUACUUAAUUAAACUAACAGUAGACAAAAUUGAAUUAAAUUUGUUUUUUUAAAUUUAUUGCAAUGGAAGUUUUUAAAAUAAUACCAUACAAAAAUACAACAAAAAUUUAAAAAAGGACAAAUUUGAUUUUUUCAUUUAAAAAGUUGUCCAACCCCUGAUUAUUUUGAAUACCAAUUACAUAGAUGAAGAGUAUGAACUAAAAUACUGGAAAAAAACCUUUACUGUUAAAUAAUCUAUUUUGUAUUUUUUACUUUUUAAAAUUUUUAUUUUAAUUUAUUUUAACUUCAUAGGCCUAAUGUGACUAACUUAGAGACUCUACCUCUAUAACUAUAUUAAAUUAUAAUAUAUACAUGUGGUCGUGCAAGAUUAUAGAAAGAUCAAUUCUGAGAAGUGUUAACUUUUAAAAACCAUCUCCACAGUUUAUGGCCCUUAUAAAAAAAGAAAAAGAUUGGACAGUAAAUUAAAAAGCCGAAAUGUCUUUGAGAAUGGAACCAGGACAGACCUACAACACCUGGAUUGAUUUUAAAGAAGCUUUGGAUGAGCACUGCAAAGAAAACAAAGUUGUAUUCAACAUCAGCAAUGCAAAGACGGUUGAACAAGCCAACAAUGUACUGAAGAAGAAACCAUACUUUGACAUACGUCUUAAAUAUGCAUCUAUUAUAUUAGUGUGCAAACAUUAUGGUUCUUAUAAAAGUUCAAGUUCAGGCCUAAGACCAAAGCAAAGGUUUGUUGUUGUUUUCUUUUUACACCUUUUAUCAAUUUAAUGUCAAUUUAUUUAUUUUAAAAGGUACCGAUAAAUAGAUAAUCAUAGCUAAAAGAAACAAUCACCAAAAAAUGUCUUGUUUAUUAGAUGUUAUUACUUUACAUAUUACUAAGUACAAGUAUGUCAUUAUUGUUAAUUAAUUGGUUAUUUUUUAAUAAAGAGGUGCAGCAUCCUAAUUCAUAUUUUACAUCAGUGGUCUCAAACUUACAGCCCACGGGCCAUUUGCGGCCCGCAAGAUGAUAUUUUGCGGCCCGCUACAUGACAGCAAAGUUUAUAGUUAUAUUUCAGCCCUAGCGUUUUCACCAUUCUCAUAUCUAUAAUGUGACACUCCACGAUGGUUUCAGUCAAAUUUUACAGACUAGUCUAAUUAUGAUCAUUAUUAUGUUUGUUUAGAUUUGGACGUUGAUUAUAAUGGCAAGAACUGUUUUAUAAUCGGACUAAAAGUUUUUAAUUUAUAACAAACAUGGCCAAAGUGCGCUUUUGAGAGAAGUUUUUAAAAGUCAGUCCGUGGGUUGUGUAAAUCGUAACAAUCGGAUACAGUAUCAAAGAAUCCCUAUUAAGAUUGCUGCUAGUGUUUACGAGUGAAGGAAAUUCCGAGCCUGUCAACUCGGUCACUUUCCAAAUAGGGUUAAUAAAAAAAAGGUCUUUUCUAAGAAAAAAAAAUCUAAAUUCAUACUCCCUACAAUAGCUUCUUCCUUUGCAUCAAUAAUUCAUAAAUAUGGCUUGCUCCUGCCUACUGUUUGAAAACGUUUUAGCAUUUAAAGCCUUCAUGGAUAAGGAUGGGGUAGUUGCUUCUUGUACUAAGUGAUCCCAAAUGGCUCAUCGACUUGGCUUUUUUUGUUGACAUUACACAGGAGCUGAAUGCACUCAAGGGUAGCUUGUCAGUGUUGACUAUGACAAUGUCAGGGCAUUCUGCAUAAAACUUGUGUUAUGGUUCUUAGAAAAACCUCUGUUAUAUGGUUCUUAGAAAAACCUCUGCCAUUUCCCAACAUGCGAUGUGCACAUGGACUUGGGGCACACCAUUCAGUAGUAGCUUAAGUAAUAAGUAUUUUGAUGCUCUUGCAAAGCUAAAGGUAGAAUUUUAUCACAUUAUUUAGACUUCAAAACACACACACAGCCACUUUUCAGCUUUUUGCAGACCCUUUCUACUUUAAUGUGAAAGAUGACCCCCCAUUUCCCUUUUUUUUUUCACUUCAAAUGGAGCUGAUUGAUCUUCGGUGCAAUUCUAAGUUCAGGGGGUGAAUAAAAAACAGACAAGCAUGGACACUUUAUGAGAGCAUUGCUCUCCACCUUCACUGAGAUUUCCAGGUGGUUCAAGCAGAUCAUAUGACUUUAUGGGAGUACCUAUUUGUGUGAAAAGCUCUUUUCCACUAUGAACUUUAACAAAUCAAAAUUCAGGGCCAAACUUACUUAUGAGCAUAUUCAAGCUAUACUGGGGGUCUCAGUUGCUUCCUCACUCAAGCCAAAGUUGCUCAGCUGUGUAAGAAGACCCGCUGCCAGGUCUCUGGCAACAAUAAGUAGGAGGAAGGAAGUGAAGCCUAGUUCUUGAGAACCCUUAAUGAUUUUAUUUGUUAUAUAUAAAGGUUGAGCAGAUUGUAACAGUUUUACUUUAAUGAAUUGUAAUCGCUUUUUUGUGGAUUAUUUGGUGCGGAACACUUGGUCCGCUGAUGGUGUUGCUCUCACAGCCCCUGCAGUCAGGCUUUCCAUGGGCUGGGAUGGAUAAAUUUUAGCGUCCCCAAAACACCCCUUCCCAACCCGGGGUGGCCAUUUGAAUUACUAAUAUUUUCAAUUAGAAUUGUCGUAGAUUUUGUGUCUUUCUAGUACCACUUUGAUUCAAUAUUAUUCAAAUACAAUACAAUUUUGUUUCAUUAUUUACCUCAGAGUCCUAUAGCAUUUUUCAAUAAAUAUACCCUUAACUACCUACUCUUAAAAUAUUUCAAUUUUAAAAAAAACCUAACAGUUAAAGCUCACUAUAGCCAUCUCUUCAAGUUCAACAACUUUUAUUUUCCAGAAGCUACAAGAUCAAUUGUAAAGCAUACAUCAGCGUGAGUGCUUGCCGCAAGGAAAACUAUCUCAUCAUAAGGGAUUCUUAUCAUAUCCACAGCCAUCCCUGCUCUGAGGAAAUCUAUAACUCCUAUCCAGAAGUCAGGCGAAUGACAAGGGAAGAACGCAAAAUGGUUGGGACUUUAAUGGAAUUAGGGGUUCCCACUGCUCAGAUUAAAAAUGCUGUUGGAAAGCAUGUAACACCCAAAGAUCUUCAAAAUGCAAAAACGCACAUUAAAGCUGUCAAACUUGGUUUAAAAAAAGAUGAACCCAACCCUGGACCAAGAAGGAGAAAAACAUUUAAAGAAUUGGAGAAGGAGCGCAAGGAGGCGAGGCUAGCCACUGGUGAGGUUGUAUCUGAUUCAGAUAAAGAUGAAGGGGAGAGAGAUGAUAACUCUUCUUCAUCAUCCCAAAAUGCCCAUUCAGAAUUUAAAAAUUUGAGCAGCUGUGAGGGGAACACAUCAAGAGAUGAGGAGACUGCUGGUUACACUGUAACCAUUGGGGAGAUGGAUCCCCUAGAGGUUUCUGCUGAUCCUAUUAGCAUGGAGGAAUGCUCUGCCAGUAGCGAAAAAGACUCGGCUUGUACUGAGAUGGGAGGACUUUCUGGACUCUUGGCAGCAGCAGGUCUCAACUCUGAUUCUGUUGUGUUGACUGUGAACAAUCAAGUUCAGGCUGAAGGCUUGGAGAGUGGGGACAAUGGAGUGAAGAAUUCCUACACUGUAACCGUGUCACUGCCAGAUGGGGAUGUGACGCACACUGGCUCAAACCUCCAGGAGUUGUUGAAAGGUCUGCCACUGGGGAAAAUUAUUGCCAAGUCCUCUUCUCCUCCCUUAAAGGUCAAAACAGAAGAGCUUGUGCCGCAUGAAGUGAAAAGCUGUACGAAAUGUGGAGGCUAUAUAUCACCACUUGACGGUCACAAUGAGUGCUUGACUUGCCUGGGGCCAGAACACAUUCAUGAGCAUGACUGUGAACACUGCAGGGCCAUGACUCAAGAGCAAUUCAAUAUUCGUAGGAAGAAAAUGGUGGCCCUUAGAAUGAAAGCUCUCAAAGAAAUGAGGCGCAAACGAAAGAAUGAAUAUGAGCAUCAAGAUGAACCAGCUGAUUCUGAUUCUGACUAUUCCCCGAUGGUAAGAAAGAGUAAAAGGGUCAGAAAACCCAAGGAUUAUGGGCCCGAUAUCGCCGUGGAAGAUUCAUUUGUGCUAGGAGGAUACAAUGACACCAAGUCCCAGAGCAGGAGUGGCCGUAAUUCAGCCUCAAAGUUGUCAACAGAAGAUGAGAAGUACAUGCUGCUAGGUCAAACUCUGAAAGCUGAGCCUCUGGAUGACUUCAGCUCCAAUUUUUCCUAUGAUGAGUAUGUUCCAGUAAAAAUAGAUCAAAAGGUUGCUGGAGUUGUAACUCGCAACACUCAGCGUUUCGACCACAUUCUUGACCAAACUAAAGUUUUUGAAGAUGUCGUUUUGACAGAGACUGGCAAUGGUUCGUUAUGUUUUACACCCGAGACAUCCACAGUGAGUGAAUUUCAGAAAUUAGCUGCUCAUACAGACUUGCCUGCUAUCCCACCUUCCAUGAUGGACAAGUACACUUUAAGUCCCAAAUUUGAGUCCAAGUUUUGCUCUGACCCACCUCCACUGAUUGGCAUAACAGAUCCAGGUGUGCAAGUCAUGGGGGCGGGACUUGUCAAGCUUGCCAAAAACGCCGCCGCUCAAACUCGGGUUGCUGUAUACGAUAAACUUUUUACACGACUCGGCGUGGGUAUGGCGGACGAGGCGCUCACCAUUCUGAGUGAACUGUAUGGAAAAGUCACUGAAGUUACAGAGAUCUCACAGGAAGAUCUAACCAACAGCUUGCAAACUGCCUUAGACACUAUUCAAGCACUGAAGGAUGUUUUGGAAGAACUGGGCAUUAUGUCUAAAGAUGCCCUGGUAACGGCCUCUCACCAGAGGAGCAUUUCUAUCAAUUCUCUAAAUGCUGCCAGAAAGUCAAUAAAGUCACACAGAUCAGUUAGUGAUGAAAUGGCUCCGAGGAGAAGCAAAUUUCUGCCAUUUGCAAAAGCUAAAGUCAGCCCCCAAAAGAGUGAUGACUUGAGCACAAACAGUGCGCCAUCAGUGAGUAGCACAGACUUAACCUCACCAGCCUACAAGCUUAAACAGCUUGCUGAGAGUAUCUCCAGUGGGCAGGUGGAUCCAGGUAUUAAUGGUUUACCUGUGAUGGCACUCACCGCAGCUCAUGAAGCACUGAAUGUUACACCCGUAGCGUCUACCUCAUUUGUUAUGUCAGGAAAAGAAUUCACGAUGACCCCCCUAUCCAUGCUUCAAAAUAAAGAUGGAAUUAUUGAACUUCACGUUAUGAAAGAUGGUGAACAACUUUUAGGAGCAGGCGAAACUACAGAAGAAGAAAUUAUACAUACAGAGUAAUCUUCAGUAGGGCUUUCAUAGGGCUGUCAAAAAUAUGAAAAAAAUACCUGCCCAGGUACCUGUUGACCCACUUUGUUGGGUACCCAACAAAGCAGAAAAAUUUAUAGUGAGUAACCACCAUGAUGAUGGUCACAUCUCCGGCCGUAUUUAUUAUUGCCAAUGUAAUGAUAUUGAUUUUUAGUCUGAUUCAGGUAUAUACUAUAACUAUAAGUUCAUCACUAUUAAUUCCUACAUUAAUUUAAAUAAUUUCUAAAUCAAUCUUUUACAUUUUUCAUCAUCUAAACUUGAUAAUGUCGUGAACUAUGACCUUGGAAAGAAAUGCUGACCUUUGAACAUUUGUAACUUUUGAACGAAAAAGAAGAUAAUAAGGUAGUUUUUAAAAAUAACAACAUAUAAAUGCGAAAUCAGCCGUUAAUUUUAGCAGACGAAGGUAUAUUAGUUUAGUUGCUACUCAUUGCUAGGCCUUGGAAAGAGUAUCCUACAUGAAGAUCCCUAUGACGUACCAUUGCCUGGUGUAGUAGACAGGCGCUAGUGGGAAAUAGGGAGGUGACAGCGAGCGCUAAUAUCGGUAGAGGUUCAAAAUUCUUAUUAGAAAUUAUUUUUUAAACAAAUACUUAAAAUCGGGUAUUUGAGAAUUGCCUGGGGCUUAACCUCAGACGGAUACCCAAGCACCUGUUGACAGCCCUAAUGUUCAGCCAUUAUACUUUAUUGUUGUACUUGCAAUAUUUUCAUUGACUAUGUAAAAUUUUCUGUUCAAAAUAAAAUUUAUUCAUCAAAGAAUAUUCACAUUUUAAUUUAAAAAAUUUGAUUAAUGUGAUUCCACUUUCAUUAUUGUUUUUAAUCAUCACUAUUGACAUAUAAUAUCAAUGAAUAAACGGCAUUGUUCCCAU